AUGGACACUGAUGAUUGUCAAUUGCUCAUAGAUACUCUGGCACAGACACACCAGUCGGAAAAUGUUCAGACAAAGACUUGUGCCACCCAGCUGUCCUACAGAAGACCACUGUCAAAGAGUGUCCGCAUUCAAGUGAAACCGCAUAGGAACGAAAUAGGAUGCCAGACCAUGCAGAAGAGGCCAAUAAUGAAAGAUGCAGAGACCCAAUGUAACAUCAUAAAAACACCAGUUUUGCAGCAGAUAAAAAAUAAUACAACAGAACAAGAUCUUGACAUUUCAUGGACUUCAACAAAUCAACUAGAUGACACUAGUGACUUGUCCUACUGCCCAUCAGAUCAGACUGAAGUGAACUCAGAAUGUGAUGAGAAUAUGGAACUGAGCCAAGUGUUUGGGACAAGGGUGAAAGUAGAGCAGACUUGUGGUACAUGUGGCUAUAAUUGGGAAUGGAAGAGUCAACACAUGAUUGGUUCAAUCCCAUAUGGAAAUCUUCGCUUGUCAUGUGGUAUCCUUUUUGCUGGAUUUCCGCCAUCCAAGGCUUUACGAGUGUUUGAUUUCAUGAAUGUGCCUUCCAUAUCAAAUGACACUUUUCUGAAACAUCAGAAGCAUUAUCUACAGCCUGUCAUUGUGGAUGCAUGGGAAUCUAGCAGGAGGGAACAUAUACAGGAGGCUAAGGCAGAUAGAAGGACUAUAUCUAUCGGCGGAGAUGGGCGAUGCGACACUCCAGGUCAUUCUGCUAAAUUUGGCAGUUAUUCAGUCAUGGACUUGGAUGAUGGCAGAGUUCUUGAUAUCCACUUGGUUCAGAGCAAUGAAGUGAAAUCAAGCUGUCACGUGGAAAAAGAGGGAUUAGCACGAAGUGUGAAAUUUUUGAUGGACCAUGGGUUAGAGGUCAACACCCUGGUGACAGACAGACAUGUCCAAAUAAGGAAGUGGGUUCGUGAGAACAUGGCCGGUACAAAACAUUGCAUAGAUGUCUGGCAUGUUGCAAAAGGUAUAAAAAAGAAAUUGCUCAGCAUCUCGAAAGAGAAAGACUGUGAGGAGAUCCAUGAUUGGAUAAAAAGCAUUUCCAACCAUUUGUACUGGAUGGCGGCCUCUACUCCAAAUGCUGAUCCUGAAACCAUGUGGCAGAAGUGGGCUUCCUUGGAGAAGCACAUCCAAAAUAUCCACGAAGGACACGGAACCAAGUUCCCUCAUUGCCUCCAUCCCAGUCUCAAUGGACGGGAAAGAAGGAGGAAAUGGUUAAAACCAGGGACAAAAAGCAUGGUCCAGAUAGAAAAAAUUAUCGACUCGAGGCAAAUGAGACUGGACAUCCCAAUGUUGUCCACAAAAUACCAGACAUCAGAGGUUGAGGGAUACCAUUCGGUAAUCAACCAAUUUGCCCCCAAAAUGCAUAGGUUUUCCUUCAAUGGAAUGAAGUGCAGGCUCAUUUUAGCUGCACUCCAUUUCAAUGAAAACAGUGGCAGAGAGCAGGCUCAAACAAAACAAGGGGAUCUGUGCUAUAAGGUUACAUUUCCCAAACACAAGAAAGGCGGUUAUACCCUGAGGGAAGUCAAAACUGAAUCAACAUUUAAUUAUGCCAAGGUCCUGAUUGACAGUGUUAUGUCGAGGACAGAAAAUGUGAGCAUAUUAGUCAUCUCGGGAACUUCAAGAAAAUGCUCCCCCACCCCUGUGCAGUUCAUUUGA